UGACAUUCAAGUGACAUUCUGCUUUCGGUUUUCUCGGAACUCUGAACCCAGCACGGAGGAUAAUUAUUUUGCUUUGAUUUCCGACGGAAAAAUGCUUUAAAAUUGGUGCAAAGUAGUUCUGUUGGUGCUGCAAGUGUGAUCCUCCCGAAGGGAGCACUAAAAGUUGAAGAAAAUCGGUGCAAUCGAAGUGGAAAUUCAAAUCUGGUGUGAAUUCUUCGUUGACAUUUUAUUAAGAUUGCGACGAAAAAGUUCAACGAUUUCGUCAGCAGAGUAUUUAUAAAGUAAUAGAUGCUGAAUUGUCGAAAGUUAAGAUAAGUUUGUAAGGAUUUCAAUAAAACCAAAAUGAGGAGCCGCAGUAAUUCGGGUGUACGGUUGGAUUACUACCAACGAAUCGUGCACCGCCUGAUUAUGUCCCACCAGCAGCCCGUAACCGGGCUGUUCCCUGCCAGCCCACAGACGCAACAUGCUUGGAUUCGAGACAAUGUGUAUUGCAUCCUCGCCGUGUGGGGUCUCUCGAUGGCGUACAAGAAGAUUGCCGAUCAGGAUGAGGAUCGAGCCAAAGCGUAUGAGCUGGAGCAGUGCUGCGUCAAGUUGAUGCGUGGCUUGCUGAUGGCUAUGAUGAAUCAGAAGGAUAAGGUUGAGCGUUUCAAAACGACCCAGAAUCCAUUGGAUUCACUGCAUGCGAAAUACUCCAGCAAAAAUGGCCAGACCGUUGUGGGUGAUGAUGAGUGGGGACACUUGCAGAUUGAUGCCAUCUCGCUGUAUCUGCUGAUUUUGGCCCAGAUGACCGCGUCUGGGUUGCAGAUAGUAUUCUCUCUGGACGAGGUUGCCUUCAUUCAGAAUUUGGUGUUUUACAUCGAGUCGGCUUAUUGCAUUCCGGAUUAUGGCAUAUGGGAGAGAGGUGAUAAAUCGAACCACGGCCAGACCGAGCUUAACGCCAGCUCGAUCGGCAUGGCCAAAGCCGCCUUGGAGGCUAUGAAUGAACUGGAUUUGUUUGGAGCUCGCGGUGGUUCCGGCAGCGUUAUUCACGUACUGGCCGAUGAGGCCCACAAGUGCCAGGCUGUGCUGCAGUCGAUGCUGCCGCGAGAGUCCAACAGCAAGGAACUGGAUGCCGGUCUGCUGUCGGUGAUUGGGUUCCCUGCGUUCGCUUGCGAUGAUCCACAGUUGAUCGAAUCCACCCAGGAUGCGAUCGUGACUCGCCUCCAGGGACGGUACGGUUGCAAACGUUUCCUGCGCGAUGGUUACAAGACACCGAAAGAGGACAACUCCCGGCUGUACUACGAACGCUGGGAGUUGCGGAUGUUCGAGAAUAUUGAGUGCGAGUGGCCGCUGUUUUUCUGCUAUCUGAUUCUGAACAAGGAGUUCCAAAACGACCGGGAGGCCGUUGUGAAGUACUCGCAGAAACUGGAGGAGAUUCUGGUGAAAACCGAAGAGGGAAUGCGGCUGGUUCCGGAACUAUAUGCCGUCAAAGGGGAUGCAGUGGGUGAUGAGUAUCAGAAUCCUGGUUCCUCGCAGCGAAUGGUUGUUGGGAGGUGUCCCUUUUUGUGGGGCCAGUCUCUGUUUAUCUUGGGAAAGCUACUUCAAGAGGGAUUCUUGGCGGUUGGUGAACUGGACCCACUUAAUCGACGGUUGGGAGCACAGAAGAAGCCCGACGUCGUCGUCCAGGUCGUCAUUCUAGCGGAAGACAACGAUAUUCGGGACAAACUAGCGGAACACGGUAUUCAGGUGCAGACAAUCGCUGAAGUGGCACCGAUUGAAGUCCAACCGGCUCGCGUCCUCAGCCAUCUGUACACCUACUUAGGACGCAACAAAAAACUUGGCCUCAGCGGUCGUAAAUCACGAGAUGUCGGCAUUCUUAGCACCAGCAAACUGUACUCCCUCAAGGAUCGUAUCUUUGCGUUCACUCCUCAGACCUUUGAUCAUGACGAGUAUUACACGUCCCGCGACCCGGCACUGAUGGUCAGCAAUUUUAUGGACGUGCUCGCGUUCCUCAGCAUAAGCUGGCGCCAUCUGCUUGGUCGACCAACGAUCACGCUGACUGCCACCCACUGGUCGAUAGAUAACAACAAAAUUCCUCUGGCGAUGAUUCAAACGAUGAAGAAGUUGAAAUCCGGCUACAUCAACGGAACACGAGUGAUUCUGGGGAACCUGUGCGAUUUCAUCAACACGUCCGCCAUCACCGACUUGAGCUUCCUCGGUAGCCAGGAGGAUGGCUAUCCUGAUAAGCUUAACCCAUCGGUACAGGCCUAUCUGGAUGAACAUCUGCUGCGCUCGUUUAGCCAUCGCACUUCAACGACCUCGGUUCGCUCGUCCGGACUACGUCCCAAGAGCCUUCGUCGUCGGAUGUCCGUCAAGGGCGCUAUCAAGAAGACUCGAUCGAUCAAUGUCGACUCGGAAACACUUGGUAUGGAAGGUAACGUCACCGAGCGACGGCUGUCCCAUUCGGUCACCCCGCAGUGGUUGGAGCCCGAGCAAGAUGGCACGGUUCAAACAUCACGGGAUCCAUCGCCACAUCAGCCGAGUCGGUUUGGCGAGCAGCGUGUUUCGAUGGAUGACAACAAGAAGUUGCACAUUCAAACUUCGGCCACGGCUGCAACACCGAAGAUUCAAAUACAACCUCUACCCCGACAUCGUCCAGCGUCGGAAGCGAAUUUCGAAAACACUGAGGUAGAAGAAUUGAUUGCGAUGCUCCGUGAGACGGAGAAUCUCGAGGAGCAGGGCGAUAUCUUGCAGCAUCUGGUUGAUACUCAGGGAUUGGACUUUAACACGGAGCUGCUUAGCGGUGCUGCUAAUGAUGAUUCCCAAUCCAAAGGCAUGCUAGAGGAAGGUCGCGUCGUCACCGUUCGCGGGCUGCUGAAGGGACUCUACGAGAAAGCCUGCCAGCAGAAGAUGUGGGGCCUGGUGCGUCACACGGCCGGUAUGCUGGGCAAGAGGGUCGAGGAUCUGGCCAAAUCCGUCACGGAUUUGCUCGUCCGGCAGAAGCAGGUGACAGUUGGUAUGCCACCGAACAGCGAGUACACCAUCACUGCGCCACUACCCGAGACGGAGUUGCGUACACUGAUUCACGAAGCGUAUGGCGACGACGAGAGUACGGCUAUGUUGACGCAGGAGUUGCUCGUUUAUCUAGCCAUGUUUAUCCGCACGGAGCCCCAGUUGUUCCAUGAGAUGCUGCGACUACGAGUGGGUCUCAUUAUCCAGGUCAUGGCUAAGGAGCUCUCGCGAACGCUGAACUGCGACGGAGAGCAAGCUUCCGAACAUCUACUUAACCUGUCACCGUUCGAGAUGAAGAAUCUCCUGCAUCACAUCCUCAGCGGUAAGGAAUUUGCGAUCAACAGCGUCGCCAGAGGUAAUAUCUCGAUCGUAAGUUGCAAAUCCAGCCGGGUAAGCAAGAAGAGUCAGAUUGGUUUGGGUAAGGACCUCGAGGAGAAUGAAACCGUGAUGAUUGACGAUCGUCAGGGCCAGUGGCUGAGAAGACGUCGUCUGGACGGAGCGUUGAAUCGAGUUCCCAGGGAUUUCUACCCGAGAGUUUGGACAGUGCUGGAGCGUUGCCAAGGGCUGGCCAUCGAGGGUCGCAUCUUGCCCCAAAGUCUCACCCAGGAGAUGACACCAAACGAGCUGAAGUUUGCGCUGGAAGUCGAAACCGCUCUCAAUACGAUCCCUCAGCCCGAGUACCGUCAGCUGGUCGUGGAAGCUCUGAUGGUCCUGACGCUGGUCACCGAGCACAAUAUAAUCGCCUCGCUGGGGGACAUUAUCUAUGUGGAGCAUUUGGUGCACAAGGCGAAUCAACUGUUUCUGGAGGACCAGCGGAAGGUUCAGGGCGACGCUAUGCUUUGCUGUGCGAAAAAUCUUGACACCCGGGAGACCACAACCGCUGGGUUGCUGCUCUGCGGUGGUGCUGCCUACAUCUGUCAGCAUUUGUAUGAUAGCGCCCCCAGUGGUAGUUUCGGAACGAUGACAUACAUUGCGAGGGCAGUUGCCUCCGUGUUGGAAGGGCUGCCCAAGCAGGGCGAUAUGGAUUGUACGAUUUGUUAGAAACGGAAUGUUACGUUAAUGGGAUAAAACGAUGGAAUAGCACUCGUAGAAGCUUCACUAUAUAGUAGACGCAAUCAAUACGCGAAUUGUUUAUGUCGUAGAAAGAGAUAACUAGCUAUAUUACUUAUCGUUAGCAGGAGCUGACAUGAUAUCAGAGUACAUGACACAUUUCAAAAAUAUUUUUUUCCCGUUAAAAUUGCGUGAACCUUUUUUAAAUUUGAUAUUACUAAUUUUCGGUUAUUGGUAUACAAUGUGCGAGUAAUGGGCAUAACACGAGUAAUAGAAACGCAAUGAAGAUGUUGUUUAAUCGUUACUGUAUAAUCAUCGACACUACCUUAACCGUACGAAUAUAAGCUAGGAAAAAGCGAAAUAUUAGAAUAGCAUUAACAAUAGGCA